AUGGAGGCACUUUUCAAGGACUUGAACUUCGCAGAAAUACGGAAAUGUGUAGAGCAAGAUGAGGCCCAAGUCGAAAGAGUUGCCAAAUGGAUAUGCGCGAACAACCUUUACAUAAGUUUACAAAUGUUGGCAAAAUGCAAAAAUGGGGGAAAGCCAAAUCUGAGCAUAAACGUAAUGGAUGAAUUAGAUGAAAAAAUUAGCAACCCCCAAAACGAAGAAUUACUAUCUUGCACAAAAAAAUAUGUCUCCCUUUUGGAGCAAAUUAUUCUCCGUUAUGAGGAACUAAAUGUAGAAACGAAUAAGAAGAUAUUUGAAAUUUAUUCGACGGUAUCACUGAGAGUUUUGAUUUUUUCCAACCACGAUUUUGCCCCUUCCAUGCAAAAGUCCGUGCUCGCCCUGAUUCGAAAUAUACAUGUGAAAAAACAGCACACCUCCUGCCAUAAAAAUGAAUAUUCUUAUAGCCUUUUAAAUUGUCUACACAAUCUUUAUUUCUUCAUCUACCUACCUGAUUUGAUUUUUCUACAUUGCUUACUAAUUUAUUUGUGCUCUAAUGUUAAUUGCGAUGGGAGCAGCACAAUGGGAAAGAAGGAGGAGGAUAAAUUAAUUAUACACACGUUGAGAAAAAUUAGUGAGCUCUUUGAAAGGCUCGUCUUUCCUCUCAACAGCGGAAAAACUGUUCAUGGAGAGGCCCUCUUUGAUGAGAGCCACCGACCAGGACAGGUUUGCCCAGUCCAUGUUCACCACAUUUCAGACACACUCAAUAACACGGACACAAAAAUUAUCUACAAGAGAGGAAAGACAUUCAAGUUAAUGUAUGAAAAUAUUUGCUCCACAUUUGACACCGAUAAAUAUCCAGUUAAUGAAAUAGAAUUUCACCAGAAUUACUCCCCAGAAAAUGUAAACGUAAAUAACUUCCUCCUGCUACUGAAAAUUAUGUCCCCCAACUUUAUCGCGUACUUGUACAUUAUAGACUCCUCACAAAGUUAUCCUUACGCGAAGGAAGCUUUUGACACCAUUUUCUUCUGCCACUUUUUGCUCCACGCACUGCAUAAGAUGGGAAAGCAUAAAUGGGGAAACCAAAUUGACCAGCUAAUGUUCAGCACAAUAAGCAAUUGCCGUGGUCUUCUGGAAAGGAAUUAUUACUCCCCAGGCGGAUGGACCCAAACACGAAUUCACCACAUUAAAGAAGAAGACGAGGUGGAACACAUGAAAGAGAGAGAAAAGGAAAAGCGAGAAGCAGAUGCAUCGGUGGAGGGAACCACUUUGAGGGACCCACCUCAUGGGAAUGAAAUCGGGGGCGCUACCAAACUUAGCGAAAAUUUGCCACAUCCGAGGGAGGACAUCCUGAAGGGGGCCCCCCCCAACGAUGAACCCCUCACGAAAUUACGCGACCUUCACGAACAGGAAAAGACAACUCUCCCGGAUGCUAUCUUCAAAAAUAGGGACAAACUGAUGCUCAAAUUGAAGAGCCUUAUCAUUUGGGGAUACAUCCAAGCAGAUGAUGCGGAAGAAUGGAACUUUCUAAACUUAGCAAAUUGCUUCAUCUUCACGGAUGACGCAUGGAGUAAGCUUUACAAAAAGGGGAAUUACCUACACGAAUAUUUAUUCAAGAAAAAUAAUUUUUUUACAUAUAACUACGCCGUUUUUAAAAGCACAUACGAGUGUAAAACGUUGAAUUUUAAGUACAUGGAUUUUUUCUCCUAUUUUGUUGCCCUACUCCUACUUAACAUGGUAUCCGCACUAACCAAGUUUUACCUGAAAAUGGAGGAAUUAUAUGACGAGGAGACGAACAAAACGGAUUCUGAAGAAGAUUCCAACGCGCAAAGUGAACAAGACAACUCUUUGUCAUAUGAAACGCGAGAUUCCUCCUCCAUGGUCGAAGAAGCAAACCCGAUUAGAAAGAACAAAAUUUAUGUGCUCUCCGAGACGGACGUAGAAAAUGGAGAACCUAUAAAGAAAUGUAAUAAAUGUGGAAGAUCAGAAAUAUUUGAAAUUUCGCUUAACGAACUCGGCCAGGAUGUUAUCAAUGGACACCUCCCGUUCAUUCCUCCACAAACAAAUGAAAAGUUUGAAACCCUUUUUAACGACUUCGUUUUUAUCUGCUUCAAAUUGAUCAGCUAUCCUUCCGAUGAUGUGCAGGCCAAGUGCCUGUCAGUUCUAUCUCGUCUUACACCGAACAUCAGCAAGGUAAGCGAUUUGUAUAUAAAAUAUAUGAAUAAAAAAAUAGAGAAAUUAUUUGCCCUUAUUGAUGGAGGGGAAAACGAUUAUGAUUACAAGGAUAAGGGGUGCUACUGCUGGAAGAACCAAGUUGUCGAAAACUACAUUCAUCUGAUAUGCAAACUGGACAAAAAGAUAAACAUCAAUUUGAUAAAAUCAUUACAAAAGCUAAUAAAUAUCUGUAUGUUCAAAAAUUACAAUAAAGAUAUAUGUGUAAUAAUUUGUAAAAAUAUCAUUACAUCCUUUUAUUACCACCCAUUAUUAUUCCCAUUCUUAUUACAUAAAUAUAUGAACAUACUUUUUUAUCUCAUGGAAACAAACGAUGUCGACGUGGUGGCAGAUUCGUUGAGGUGUCUUUUCAUACUAUUCCAGAUAAAUUCGGAUGACGUUAAAAUAUACUGCCACGAUAUUGUGUACAGAUUGCAUCUACUCUUCAAUAUUUUCAACAAAUCGGACUUAAUUGAUUUGAGAAAAGAAAAAAUCAUCCAACUGGAGACCCCUGUAAAGAACAGUGCUGAAGAAGACAUCUCCACCAGUGUCACUUAUUUUUUAAAAAAGUUUUAUUUUCAAAUUAAACACGUAGAUAGAGCCAGCUCAGAAAUUUUGAUGCUCAUGAAACUUAUUUUGCGCUGUAUAUAUAUUACAAUUCCUGUCGCAGAAUAUUAUCAGCUCAUUCGUAUAUUUUCAGAUAACCCCCUGGAAUAUGACAAAUAUUCGAAAGGCUUCCACAUUUUUGCUACUUUCUAG